AUGGAACAGGGUUGUAUGUAUAUUGUUGAAUCAUUCAAGGUUUAUUGGGCAAGCUGUGUCAAAGGCAUUCAUACAGGACAAAUGGUUCUGUGCCUGGUUGAAGCUGUUGAUGUCUAUCUGGCAGGAACUGUCAUGUUGAUAUUUGGAAUGGGCUUAUAUGAACUAUUCAUUAGCAAUGUGCCUCGCAAUGUGCCUCCCAGUGAAGAUCGAGCUCUUCUAAGUUCUUCUUUGUUUGGGAUGUUUAUACUCAAGGAAAGACCACGAUGGAUGCGGAUUACUUCAUUAGAUGAACUGAAAACUAAACUGGGGCAUGUUAUUGUAAUGAUUCUUCUUGUCAAGAUGUUCGAGAGGAGCAAAACUGUUGCUAUCACAAGUGGCUUGGAUCUGCUUAGCUAUUCUGUGUGCAUUUUUCUCUCUUCAGCUUCAUUAUAUGUGCUUCAUAACCUUCACAAGUAGAUAUAUUGUACAUAGUUGUAUAUAUCCAUGUAAUCAGUGCAUAUAUGUAUGAGAUCAACCAAGCAGCAGGGCUCCUCACUGCCAAUAAAUAUUGUUAAAACUUAUAAGGAAAUAAUUCCCAAGCAGGAAGAUCAAUUUCACUUCACAAACGUUCCACAAUGUGGUGAACUUUUCAAUGAUGUAAUUUUUAAAUUGUAAGUCAUUCUUCAAUCUCCAAUUACAUUCAUGUAGGUUUUAAAUAAAAGAGCGUUGAGAAAAUUGGCAUAUAUGAUAACUUUUCAUACAUUACAAAUUGUAUAAUGAUUGUCAUAUAGCUCACACCAUUUCCUUGACUACCAUCAGUAUGUUGGCAUUUUGGCUCACAGCAUUCAAUAGAUUGUGUUGAGUCUCUUUGAUAUUCAGAUACCUUGAUUUCUGGGUGCUAGUAGUCUUCAUCUUUAUAAAAUAUAGAUAACUUAUACAUA